UUGUUUGGGUAAAUGUUGAAAGUUGAAAAUGAGUGAAAUUGAGGGAGUAGUAGACCAAUAGGUAGGUAUACAAUACCCCACACAUGCGCAUGUGUUACCAAACCAAUUUCUUCAUAGCCAUCUUCCUCACCAACCCAACCAACAACCUCAUAAUUCCCCUCUUCCUUAUUUUUUUCUUCUUCUCCAAACAAAAAAAAACACGAAGCUUUCAACUAUAAAUUGACCCAUCACACAAAACCACAUCGUUCGUUCAUCUCUUCGUUAGAUCCAACUACCCAUUUCACCUGCAUCACCCCCUUCCGAUUAAGAAGAAAUGGCGCGCAAGAAGAUCAGAGAGUAUGAUUCCAAGAGAUUGUUGAAGGAACACUUUAAGAGACUUUCUGGCAAGGACUUACCGAUCAAGUCUGCACAAGUUACGGAGGCCACUGACUUCACCGAGUUGCAAGACAAGGAACCUUGGCUUUCUUCUUCUAAAUUGGUUGUGAAACCUGACAUGUUAUUUGGGAAGCGUGGUAAAAGUGGUUUGGUUGCUUUGAAUUUGGAUUUGGCACAGGUUGCUUCAUUUGUGAAAGAGCGUCUUGGUAAAGAGGUUGAAAUGGGUGGAUGCAAGGGACCGAUAACAACUUUUAUUGUUGAACCUUUCAUCCCGCAUAAUGAAGAGUUUUACCUUAACAUCGUCUCUGACAGACUUGGGAACAGCGUAAGCUUUUCAGAAUGUGGAGGAAUUGAUAUUGAAGAGAAUUGGGAUAAGGUUAAGACUGUAUUUGUUCCAACAGGAGUAUCUUUUACUUCAGAAAUUGUUGCUCCACUUGUUGCAACCCUUCCCUUGGAGAUCAAAGGAGAAAUCGAGGAAUUUCUCAAGGUGAUUUUCACUCUGUUUCAAGACCUGGAUUUCACUUUCUUGGAGAUGAAUCCUUUCACAUUGGUUGAUGGAAAGCCUUAUCCAUUGGAUAUGAGAGGCGAGCUAGACGACACUGCUGCUUUCAAGAAUUUCAAGAAGUGGGGUAACAUUGAAUUUCCACUGCCAUUUGGAAGGGUUUUGAGUGCCACCGAGUCUUUCAUUCAUGGAUUAGAUGAAAAGACAAGUGCAUCUCUAAAAUUCACUGUGCUGAACCCAAAGGGACGAAUUUGGACAAUGGUUGCUGGUGGAGGUGCUAGUGUCAUCUACGCUGACACAGUAGGAGAUCUUGGCUUUGCAAAUGAGCUUGGAAACUAUGCAGAAUAUAGUGGUGCGCCCAAUGAAGAGGAGGUUUUGCAGUAUGCCAGAGUUGUAAUUGAUUGUGCAACUGCAGAUCCUGAUGGCCAAAAAAGGGCUCUUGUUAUAGGAGGAGGCAUAGCUAACUUUACAGAUGUUGCUGCUACUUUUAGUGGCAUAAUCCGGGCACUAAAGGAGAAGGAAUCAAAGUUAAAGGCAGCAAGAAUGCACAUUUACGUAAGGAGAGGCGGUCCGAACUACCAAAAGGGUCUAGAGAAAAUGCGAGCACUUGGAGACGAAAUUGGCAUCCCAAUUGAGGUUUAUGGACCUGAAGCAACAAUGACUGGUAUAUGCAAAGAGGCAAUACAGUGCAUUACUGCUUCUGCUUAAGUAUCCAUUCAGGUCAAUGCUUCUUUAGUGUCCGUGUCAUUUACAAAUUUGAAGUGAACAUUGAUUUGUAAUUUCCUUCUCAUUCUCGGAAUUUGUACAUUUAGUUACACCGUCCAAAAAGAGUGGUUGGGAAUGUUGUCUCAGUUUUUUUCUUAUAGAAUUUUAUGGUACUGUCUUGAUACAAUAAAGAGUUUUUUCGUGUGA